UUCCUGCCCCGCUGGUCAGCCCUGUGAGGCGCUUCUGGAGCGCUGUGCCCAGCUCUGCGUUCCGCAGCAGAGCAGAGACACGGAGGUCCCGCAGCGGGACAAAGAUGAGGGGUCUGGAGCGUGUCCGUUAUGAGGAAAGGCUGAGGAGACUGCUGAGAGAGGGAAGUCAUCCCUGUGUGUAAAUAUCCAUGGGAGGGGUCAGGAUGGAUCCAGCCAUGGGACAGGAGGAACAGGCAGGAGCUGAUCAUGGGAGGUUCCACCCCGUGUACGUGAAAGAACUUUGUGGGUGACCAAGCAUUGGGGGGCUCCCCAUACACCCACUUUUCCUGGUCACUGUAAUAUCCCAUCCCCUCCUGCCCUGUCAGCUCCCAGCCCCGUCAGUGACCUGCCUUUGUCCCCUGCAGCAUGUCCAAGAUCCUGAAGUGUGCAGGGAACGAGGACAUCAUCACCCUGCGGGCCGAGGACAACGCCGACACCCUGGCCCUGGUGUUCGAGGCACCCAACCAGGAGAAGGUUUCUGAUUACGAGAUGAAGCUGAUGGAUCUCGACGUGGAGCAGCUGGGAAUCCCAGAGCAGGAGUACAGCUGCGUGGUGAAGAUGCCCUCGGCGGAGUUCGCGCGCAUCUGCCGCGACCUGAGCCACAUCGGCGACGCCGUGGUCAUCUCGUGCGCCAAGGACGGCGUCAAGUUCUCUGCCAACGGCGAGCUGGGCAACGGCAACAUCAAACUGUCCCAGACCAGCAACGUGGACAAGGAGGAGGAGGCUGUGAGUGGGGCAGGGCUGGGGCCUGGGGGGAUCCUGGAGCUGGGGCUGGAAAGGGCCUUUCUGGAGGUGGUCCCUGCGUGCCACCCUGGGGCUGGAAAGGGCAUUUUAGAGGUCCCUGAGUGCCACCCUGGGGCUGGAAAGGGCAUUUUAGAGGUCACUGAGUGCCACCCUGGGGUUGGAAAGGGCAUUUUAGAGGUCCCUGAGUGCCACCCUGGGGUUGGAAAGGGUCUGAGUGCCACCCUGGGGCUGGAAAGGGCCUUUCUGGAGGUCCCUGGGUGCCACCCUGGGUUGGAAAGGGGAUUUUAGAGGUCCCUGAGUGCC